UAUUUCACCUAUAUAUACAGUUUCUGCACAUUUUUUUCUUUUCACCAGAUCUCAUUCAAGAAUAUCAACAUGAAGUUGCUGCAGAUUAUUGCUGCUUUCUUUCUCUCCUUCAUUUUACAUUCUUUGUUAUCCGGGCCUGCAUUAGCACAUCAAAUAACAUUUUAUGUGCACAACAAAUGCCCCUUUCCCAUAUGGCCAGCAACAGCCUCCAACACAGGCCAUCCCAUUAUUGCCGGUGGAGGAUUCUACCUGCCAUCAGGCCAAACUCAACGCAUAGAUGCACCAUGGGAUUGGAAUGGUCGAAUCUGGGCUCGAACCGGCUGUAAUUUCAAUUCUAAUUGGCAAUCUGCAUGUGAAACAGGCGAUUGUGAUGGACGACUAGCAUGUAAUGGGCUAAUAGGCACACCCCCAGCCACAUUAGUUCAAGUGUCUCUCCAAGCAGACAAAACCAAGCCAAAUUUCUACGAUGUAAGCUUAGUUGAUGGAUACAAUCUUCCAGUUUUAGUCACGAAUAAUAAGCAACUAUCCCCGAAAUGCACUAUCGGUGGAUGCUCGAAAAGCUUGAUAAGAUCAUGCCCUCAUGAGCUACAAGUCGUUAACAAUAAUGGGGAAGUUGUGGCCUGCAAAAGUGCUUGCUUGGCUUUCAAUCUCGACACAUUCUGUUGCAGGAAUGACCAUGGAAGCCCUGAUAAAUGUAAACCAAAUGUUUACUCAAACAUAUUCAAGGAUGCUUGUCCUAAUUACUAUAGCUAUGCUUUUGAUUCCCCACCUCCUUUGGUUAAUUGUGCAUCUAAGGAGUAUGUUAUCACCUUUUGUCCUUCAUCAUGGGGUGUUGAUGAUGAGCAUGAGUCUCUAUAGAUUCUUUUACUUGUUUAUAUAUGCUUAAUGUGUAUCAGCUUCAACUAAUAAAUAUGCUAAUUUGAUUGUAAUAUAUACCUUUUAUUUUUAUUUCUAUUUUCAA